GUCACGUGUAUCCUACGUAAUUCACUAGUAUUUAAUAGUUUAGAUGUACCCGUCCACUAUCACUGCAGUCUAAUCCUGCAUGUCUUGUGCUAUAGCCACAGGUUAAAAAACGCUCCUUCCGACACUGACCGCCCGAGUUUCGGUUGCGCAGUGGCGCCAUUGAUGUCGAAUGGCAGGGGUUCGUACUCUGGGAUGCUGGACGGCGUCGCUUGAUGUGAGGGGAGCUUAGUUGGAAAAGUAUGCUCCAAGUGGGUGUGCCAUUGAGCAGGAGGCGAGUCCACCAUGUUGAAGGUGAGGCGGCCUGCGGACGUUGGGGCAGUGUACGCGGGGAUGGCAAUUUGUAGGGGCGGCUGGUGGGGGUGCUGAUGGUACUGGAAGUGCGGCGAGCUCUGAUGGAGCUGCGGCGGCAGUUGGGGGUGGGUAUUCUGCUGUUGAGGGGCAAGAUGUUGGUGGUGACCGUGAUGAUGCGGCCGGUUCUGCACAAAAUCAGAGUGGCUUCGUUGAAGUGACACUGCGGGGGCUCGGAACGAGGGGGGCUUGGCGGCAGCAAGCGCCAUUUUGGCGUCGUAUCGCAGGACGGAGAUGAUGUGUUCGUCAAUUGCGGCCGACGACAGCCCAUCAAACGCAGACGUCGACGAAGCGCUGCUGUAGCUGCUUCUGCUGCUCGAUGUACUCGGGCUAGGUGGAUGUGCGGCCAGCUCAUGUGCCACUGCUGGCCACGAAGACGAGUCAGGUUUUGGGGACGACGAGUCGUCGUGGAGGUCGCGGUGGGUCUUGAGGUGUCGUCCGAGGUUGCCCGAGGUACUGAAUCGUUUGCUACAGCCGUCCACUUUGCACGUGAAUGGUCGAAUGCCCGAGUGGGUCUUGGUGUGUCGAGCCAGUUUCUCCUUGGUGCAAAACCGUUUGUAGCACAACUCGAACGAGCACCCAAACGGCUUUUCGCCCGUGUGGGUAAACUUGUGGCGGCUGAGGUUGCCCGACGUGCUAAAGCUCGCCAUGCAGCCAUCAUAGUCGCACGCGUACGGCCGAGCGCCUGUGUGGGUCUUUGUGUGCUCCUUCAAUGUGAAUUUGCGAUUGAACCGCUUGCCGCAGCCCGGUGCGAGGCACACAAAGCGGCGCUCUUGGCCACUCGUCAUGGUCGGCGAUGGCUGCGGUGACGUGAUGUCCUUCGAUCUAUCUCCACCGUGUGCUUCGACCUGCACUAGACGUCCAUCCAGCGACACCAUAGAAGAGGCAUGAGGAAAGGCAUGCAUGUCACCAACGCGAAGCAAAAG